ACCGCCACCUACGAAGUCUUGCGCAUCGAUAAAUUCUGGAAAUUAUAAUGGGAAAGGGGCGUUCAAAGUACAAGCAAGGCCCUCCGGCACCGCUCAAUGAGCUCCUCGUCACAAGAAAACGCAAACCCGAAGAGAUUCCCGUCCAAUCCCCCGUCCAGUCAAAACGAAGGCGAGGUGGGGCAGCGAGUGCAAAAGCGGCUGACAAGAAAGGAAAACUGAUUGCGAAUGGCAAGAAGGGCUUGAAGGGGACGAAGCCGGCAGCGGUAUCCCCUCUGACCCAAAAGACAAAGAGAGAACUUUUUGAUGGUGACUCUGAUGAUGGGAUCAUGGAUGAUGAGUUUGGUGCAGAGUCUGGGGAUGAAGAGAUGGAGGAUCGACGCAUGUCGCUGAAAGACGAUUUCCUUGCAGGCGAAUCGGAUUCGGAUGUGUAUGACUCCGGCGAGGAGCAGGCUGGACACAUGUUCUCGGAGGAUGAAGGUGAAUCGGAUGCUGAGGAAAAGCUCACAGCGGCAAACAUUGAGGGCCUUUCGAGAAAACUCGAUUCACAGCUUGCACAUGAGGCUGCGGAAGCACAAGCGGAGCUGGAGGAAUCUGCGAUGCAAACUAACAUCGCCGGUGAGCCUAAGCCACAUAUUCUCGGAGACCCUGACGAUGAGGACGACCAAGCUGCUCUGGCUGCCCCCGACGUUACUUUACUCAGGACACGCAUCACCGAUACCGUACGAGUGUUGGACGAUUUUUCGAACUUGGCCGAGGAGGGGAGGUCCAGGGCUGAUUACACUGGACAAAUCUUGAAAGACAUUUGCGCCUAUUACGGCUAUUCAGAAUUCCUAGCUGAGAAAUUGUUCCACCUGUUUUCUCCUCAAGAAGCAUUCUCAUUCUUCGAGGCCAACGAGAAGGAGCGCCCUCAUGUUAUCCGUACAAACACUCUUAAGACAGGACGCAGGGAGCUUGCACAGGCUUUGAUCAACCGCGGUGUUACUCUCGAGCCUAUAGGAAAGUGGUCUAAGGUCGGACUUCAGAUCUUUGAAUCCCAAGUUCCGCUAGGUGCUACGCCUGAAUACCUCGCCGGUCACUACAUCCUCCAGGCUGCAUCGUCUUUCCUUCCCGUUAUGGCUCUUGCGCCUCAGGAGCAUGAGCGAAUUCUAGAUAUGGCAGCUGCUCCCGGUGGUAAAACAACCUACAUUUCGGCUUUGAUGAAGAACACCGGAUGCGUCUUUGCAAACGAUUCAAACAGGGCUCGCACUAAGGGUCUAAUUGGCAACAUUCACCGCAUGGGGGUCAAGAACACCAUUGUCUGUAACUACGAUGCGAAGGAGUUCCCCAAGGUCAUCGGUGGUUUUGACAGAGUUCUUCUUGAUGCUCCCUGCUCGGGUACCGGCGUCAUUUCCAAAGAUCCCAGCAUCAAGACAAACAAAAACGCAAAGGAUUUCAUGUUACUCCCGCAUCUUCAGAAACAGCUUCUUCUCUGUGCCAUUGAUUCUGUCGACCAUGCUUCUUCUACUGGUGGAUAUCUUGUCUACUCUACUUGUUCAGUAACAGUUGAGGAAAACGAAUCAGUCGUCGAAUACGCCCUCCGAAAAAGACCUAACGUCAAACUCGUCGAGACCGGCCUUACCUUCGGGAGAGAGGGUUUCACCAGCUACCGUGGAAAAACAUUUAGCGAGAAGAUGAAAUGGACUAGGAGGUUCUACCCACACAUGUACAACGUCGAUGGUUUCUUUGUAGCAAAAUUCAAGAAGAUUGGGCCUACCAGGGCGACGGCGGCCAACGGAACCAAGGCUGAUGGGGCCACAGAAGACGAGGGGAGUGGAGUGGAUAACAAUGAUGUUCCAUUUGGGGGGUUUGAUGAUGAGGCGGAUAGGGAGCUUAUGGAAAAAGCAGCGAAAAAACACCUCAAGAGGAAGGGGCUCAACCCGAAAGCCGUAGCCUACAGCAAGGGGGAAGUGGUCACUACCGCCGCUGAGGAGCCUAAGGCGCUAAAAGCCGAACCUACUAUGAAGGGGAAGGAGAAAACUCUAGGCAAGAGAGAAAAACAGGAGGAGAGGGCCCCGAAUAAAAGGAAGGAAGCCCCAAAGACCGACAAGAAGUCCAACUCCGACAAGAAGCCUGAGCCUACAAAAACGGCAGGCCCCGCUAAGGGUAACGCAAACGGAGAACCGAAAAAGCCAGCCAACGGAACCGCUCCCUCCCCCGGCUCCGCGUCUUCGAAGAAAACCCGAUCGGUUAAGAAGUUUGAGAAGCAAAAGCAAAAGAAACCUGGGAAAAAAUAGUUUGGUUAGACUGUGGGUUCAGAAAAGUUCUGGUUUCUUCUUUUCUAGUUUUGUUUUUCUCUUAUAUGGAAUCCCUUAUGCCAUAGUUUGUGCAUAUCCAACCCGCUUUUUAUAUCUCUGGUCAUGGCUCAGUGGAGGGACGAUAGUGUAGGAUUCGAUGUUAAUAUCUCAAUUGCUCAAUGAGUCCAUGUGAACCUAGUUGCGGUGGGAAUGGUGGCAAGUAGUCUAGCUUCUGCGAAGUUCCGUGGAUGCGGGGGUUCGCGCUGUAGACUCAGUACAGGAGAGAACUAUACCAAAAAUGGGACCGGGUGAUUGGAGUAUCG